GAAUGAUAUCAUAAUCUAUGGAGAUCAAUGAUACGGCGCCAACAUGCAAUAAUAUUCCUCUUCCGCUCGUAAGAGAGCGACAGCCAUACAGAGGCAUCACAUGAAAACAACUAAGCAUGUUUGCUCUGUAGCACGGCGAAAAUGAACGACCUGCUUUCAUCAAAUUCAUCAACUCAUCAUUUACUUGUCAUCUUCCUGGCCAGCUAUUGCUAUGAUGAUUUUGAAUCAACCAUUGCGGGCUAAAUAAAUUCAAAGAAAAUCACCUUUAGAUUUUUUGUUUCUUUUUUUUUUGUUUUUUAAUUUGUAUGACAAAGAAAUCAAGUCUAUUUUAUAUUAUUUCUAGAAAGAAGUUUGAUUCUUGCACCGUCUUCGGCUGAUUUUUCUCCUUUGCCUAGCAGGGCCUGGCACAUGGGAUAGUGACGGAUAUAAGAAUCGAAUCUAUUUGAUGUUUCUUACAGUCAUUAAGAAAGCCAUUAACUUCUGCCUUCUUUCUAAAUUCAUCCGAUAUCAUCUUUCACACCAUCAGCCAUGGCUCAAGAGUCCACCAGUCUUGCAACAAAGAGGUAUGCAGUUGUGACAGGAGCAAACAAGGGGAUUGGAUAUGAAAUAUGUAGGCAGUUGGCUUCUAAUGGGAUUUUGGUGGUGUUGACAGCCAGAGAUGAAAAAAGGGGUCUUGAAGCUGUUCAAAAUCUGAAAGAUUCUGGCAUCUCUGAUGACCUUGUGAUUUACCAUCAACUUGAUGUGGUUGACCCUGAUAGCAUUGUUUCCCUUGCUGAAUUUGUGAAAAAUAAUUUUGGAAAACUUGACAUCUUGGUGAACAAUGCUGGGAUUGGUGGAGUUGCACUAGAGGCAGAUGCUUUUCAAAGAGCCUUUGAACAAGCUGGUGAAUUUCCAUCUGGGGAGCAAGUGUGGGCUGAAAUUGGAACUCAAAAUUAUGAGAUGGCAGAACAAUGUGUGAAAACAAACUACUAUGGUGCAAGAGGAAUGGCCGAAGCACUUGCGCCCCUCCUACAGUUGUCUGAUUCACCAAGAAUUGUAAAUGUCUCUUCAAUGCUGGGGCUUUUAAAGAACAUACCCAAUGAAUGGGCCAAAGAAUUGUUGAAUGAUGUUGAAAAUCUCAAUGAAGAUAGACUAGACGAGGUUGUGAACGGGUUUCUUAAAGAUUUUAAAGAAGAUUUGUUGGGAUCCAAAGGCUGGCCAACUUAUCUGUCUGCCUAUAUUGUUGCUAAAGCUGCCAUGAGUGCCUAUACAAGGAUUCUGGCCAAGAAGUAUCCAAGCUUCUGCGUCAAUUGUCUCUGCCCUGGCCAUUGCAAAACUGACAUAACUACCAACAUCGGCCCCUUCACCGCUGCCGAAGGAGCCGAAAAUGCUGUGAGAUUGGCAUUGCUGCCUGAUGGUGGGCCUUCUGGUUUUUUCUUUUAUCAGAAAGAAAUGCUACCGUACUUUUGAAUGAAAAUCAAACAUAAUAAUCAUGAUGUAGAAAACGGCUACAAGAUAUUGAAAAUUUUCUGGUCGAUGUAUUUUCACCCCAGACAGGUUAAACUGAAAGAUGAUAUUGUCUAGAUGUGUGAGAAGUUGCAGUUUAUCUUCCUGUUAUAUAUUGAACCAGAUUCAUGUCCUGUGGAAUAAAAUUUUGGCAAUGCUCCAAUUAUGAAA